AUGGCCAAGACGAACGAGACCAACUCCCUUCGCGUGCAGAUACUCGUCUACCGCCUGAUGGGCAUCGACCUGUGGAGCCCCACGGCGGUCAACGAUCGUCACUUGGUCACGUUCGUGACCAUGGGCCCACUGUUCGCCUUCAUGCUGCCCAUGUUCCUGUCCGCCAGGGAGAACAUAACCGAGGUGAGCCUGCUCUCUGACACGCUCGGCUCCACAUUCGCCAGCAUGUUGACCCUGGUCAAGUACCUGCUGUUCGUCUACUACCGCAAGGAGUUCGUGGGCAUGAUUUACCGCAUCAGGAGCAUCCUGGAAAAGGAGAUCAACGUGUGGCCAGAGGCCAAGGAGAUUGUAGACGCGGAGAAUCGCAGUGACCAGAUGCUGAGCCUGACCUAUACGCGCUGCUUCUGCAUGGCGGGUGUCUUUGCGGCCAUCAAGCCGUUCGUGACCAUGUCCCUGGCCCUGCUGCGCGACGGGGGCGACGGCAGCAAGCUGCAUCUGGAGCUGCCCCACAUGGGGGUCUAUCCGUACGACUACCAGGUGAUGUGGUUCUUCGUUCCCACCUACCUGUGGAACGUGAUGGCCAGCUACAGUGCGGUGACCAUGGCUCUGUGCGUCGACACCCUCCUGUUCUUCUUUACGUACAAUGUUUGCGCCAUCUUUAAGAUAGCCAGGCAACGGCUCGUCCAUCUGCCGGCUAUGGGCGAGGCGGAUCCAAGGGGGGAGCUGGAGGCGGUGGUCCAGGUGCUGCUGCUGCACCAAAAGGGUCUGUGGAUAGCCGAUUUCAUUGCCGAUCACUACCGGCCUCUGAUCUUUCUGCAGUUCUUCUUGUCGGCCCUGCAGAUCUGCUUCAUCGGCUUCCAGGUGGCCGACCUGUUUCCCAAGCCCCAGAGCCUCUACUUUAUCGCCUUCGUGGGCUCCCUGCUCAUCGCCCUCUUCAUAUACUCCCGCUGUGGCGAGAACAUCAAGGAGGCCAGCCUGGACUUCGGCGACGGCAUCUACGAGAGCAACUGGAUGGAAUUCGCGCCGUCCACCAAGCGGGUCCUGCUCAUCGCGAGCAUGCGCGCCCAGCGUCCCUGCCAGAUGAAGGGGUACUUCUUUGAGGCCAGCAUGGCCACCUUUUCAACGAUUGUCCGCUCGGCCAUGUCGUACAUCAUGAUGUUGCGAUCCUUUAAUGUAUAAUUUGAAGGAGAUCACGAAACCGCUUUAGGUCGAGAAGGAACCGAGAAUAACGGAAAGAACACCAAGACAUACAACUGAAAAGAGAGGAAACUUUACAAAAACUAAACUUCAAACACUUCAAAUGGGAAAUCGAAGAAGCGAAAUAGAAGCAUCCCCCUGCUAUGCGCCAGCAUUUUUCAACGAAAGCAAUUUCGUUUUCGUGGAGGGGGAGGAGGAGGAGGAAGAGGAGAAGAGGGGAAAAACCUGAUGCGAACAAAUGCAAUGAAAAAGGGGGGAAAACUAAGGGUUA